UCGCCAACCGCAACCCCCACCACAACCACCCAAUCAACCUAAACCACCAAACCCGAAAUCCAAUUCACCCCACCCAACCACACAAACGAUCAACCGAUAAUCACACAAUGUCUUCCCGAACCAUGUCAUUCAUCCUCUUCGCCUUUGUCGCCCUCCUGGCCAUCUUUGCUCCCAUUGCCCAGGCCGCCUCGGUCCGCCUUACAUCGGGUCCCCUGGUAGCUUGUCGAUUCGCCAAGCUCAGGUUCGAGGACGUUCAAGCACCCGUGACCGUCACCAUCACCGACAGCGUCUCCGGCACUUCCGAGGAGAUGAGCUUGAGGAGCGGGAGCGGCGUCGGUUGGUUCGUCGAGCUUGCCCCCGGUUCGAACGUCACCAUUUCUAUCAAGGAUGACCUCGACCAGACCGCCGCAUUAGUCAACCAGUUCGUUGUCAAGGGCGAUGACGACAGCUGUUACUCUUCGGAGGAGGCUUUGGUCAUGCAGUCAUGAGAAUAGGUCCAAGUCAGACUUUUUAGUCUCAAUCUAAGGCUCAAGAUAGAUGCGUACGAUCGCGGCGAAGGAGGAGAGUCAUCGUAAUUAUGUAUCCAAACUUCGCGUCGGUGACCGUACUGUGUACUUUUGGGAUAUUACCCUUGUAUUAUAUUAUUGGGGUUUCUUGUCUGUCCAACUGCCUCGAAGCUCAAGCUCCAUAAUCGUCCAUCUUGGUUCAGCACGGGUGUGCUCGUCACUCUGCCGUCUUCUUCCAGCUUU